UCAGAAAGCCUGGUUAAUUUUUUUAACUCCUUUUGUAUGACAUAUAAUAUGGACAUCUGAACUGCUAUGAUAAACGAUUAAAUCAGCAUAUCCUUGCUGAAGUAAAACAAACUUUGAACAGGAACUCGUGAUAAAGGUAUCUGACAGGUUUAUGUGAGCGCUCUUCUCUACUAUGUCAAGACAGAAAAUUCUUCUUUGUGGAUUUAGUGACUCUUGGGAGGUGGGCUCAAGUGUAAGGAUUUCUGCCAAGGCCAAAGUCUCCAAUAUGAGCAGAAUUGAGGACUUAAGUGAAGUCGGAUCACAUGUGCAGUCACACUUCCCAGAGCUUGUCGGGGCAGAUUGCUUUUGUGGUAUUUCUCUUGUGUUUUUCUCUGUUUGCAGAUGCUGGUUUGCUUCAAACAGUGAUGAUUGGUUGGCUCUAUGAGUAAACUGAUUUUAUUAACAGACUUUCUUGUGUGGAAUGAAUACAACAAUAAGCAGAAAGUUUCAAAGGGUGGCUGGAAAAAAAAAGGAUCCGUCAAAAAUUCUUUAAACAAACUAUUUAAAAGACUUUAUUGCUAAACAAACAUAUGUUAGGUAUGCAAAAAUCACUUAAUCCCUGUUCCUCUCUUCACGAGAAUCAAAAGUUCUCAUAAUAUAAUCCUUCUUCAGACACCUUGUAGAUAAAUGAAACAAAGCUUUCAAUUUGGAUAAAAUAGUGUUUUUAUUUUUUAUUUAGUUUUUACUGUUUAUAGAUGAAAAUAAAAAAAAUAGGAGAUAAUUGCUUUGUCUUUACAACCCCUUUUCCCGUUUUGGGUUGCCUUUUUGAGGAUGUGGAGCAUUCUUAAAGUCUGGGUUGUGUGUUAAAAAGAAGUUGUUUGUGUGUGUGUGUAUUUUUUAGCAAUCUUUCUUAUUGUGUUGCAGAUUUUUGGAUAAGUGAUUGUUGGAGCUGCUUUACAGAUAUAAAGAGUACUGUUUAGAAAUAGCAGACAGGUUGGAGGCUACCUUGAAUGAUUCUCUACAGCUCUCUUUCCUAACAGGUUUUAUACCAUAAUGAAGGCAGCUAGAAACAACAUGAUUGGUGCUGGAAUAUCCAACAACAAGGUCAAGUAUUCAAGGCUGGCUGCUGAUGAAGAUGGUUACAUAGACUUACAGUUCAAGAAGAGUCCACCAAAGGUCCCAUACAAGGCAAUUGCGCUGGCAAUAUUCCUGUUUCUGAUUGGAUCCUUACUGAUAAUCUUCGGUGCUCUUCUUCUGGCAGGAACCAUAAAGGUUGAGCAUCCCGACCGCACCAUCCCUGUCAUCAUCAUAGGCCUACUUGUUUUCCUGCCUGGAUUUUACCAUUUGAGGAUCGCCUACUAUGCAGCCAAAGGUUACCGGGGUUACUCCUAUGACGACAUCCCAGAUUUUGGUGACUGAGCUGAAUUAAAGCUGCUGCAUGUCGCAGCAUCUUCUCUCUUUUGACACAUUAUGUAUCCUGAGACUGAUGCCUGCUGCUGUUUACUUUCUGAAUGUAUUUAGUAAAAACAGCUAAAUGUUAAAGUCAUUUCACCAUGAAGAUUCACACUCGUCCAGAAGGGCUUCAUGCUGGAGCUUUGCUGAUACAUAUUUAUUCUAUUUGUGUAACUCUUCCUUUUUAUUUUUUUAUUUUAAUUUUUUUAGCUCUGUUUUUUCUUUCUCAUGGCUUUAAUACUCUUUGCACAAAAACCUGAAAGACCUCAGAUUUGUGCAGCUUUAGUACAGGAUGUCAGAUCACCUGUUAUUGUACAGGUUGACACACAAAUAAUGACAUUUCCUGGAUGAUUGUUGCUUUUUCUGUACAGCUGCGAGCACAUAGUUGAGAUUCUUUAUGCUCUUUCCACCACAGUUUCAAAACAUACCUUAAAUAAAAGUAUAUGUUUUAUAUUUCUUCAUAUGAUAUGCUGAGAUAAAAAGUAUGCAGUUCCAUUUCCAAAAAGGUUGGUAAGUGUUCUGAAAUGAGAUAAAACAUAUUUGCUAAAUCAUUUGAAGCAUUUUUUCUACACACACAAAUGUAAAGAGAUAAUUUUCUGUUUUUACUGACCAACAAAUUUCAUAUUUGAUGCCAAUAACAAACUAAAAAUCA